UACAACAAUUAUUUCCACGAAACGACCCAUCGUAGCAUUGAAAACUCGCCGCAAUCUUCAUGAGUGCACAGUGGAUAUUUCACAAUAAACAAUCGUGUCUGCUCCAAAUCGCUGCAGAAUACAUGUUCAAAAAUAGUUCAUAUUGUAAAUAAUAUAAUUAGUUCCUUUAAAUAAUUUUAAAUGGCCAGUAAAUUACCAAAAUCAUCCUUGAGUUUAAAACAGUUUCUCCGAAGACAAGAAGUUCUCACUCUCUAUCGAAAUAUCCUGCGAACCAUCAGGCAAGUGGAGGACAAGCAGGACAAGGAGUAUUUGAAAAACUGGGCAAAAUCGGAUUUCAAGAAGAAUAAAAAUUUGACAGACGAAUUCGCGAUUAAAUCCCUGAUUGUCCACGGGGAGAACUCAAUGAAAGAACUCAAGCGAAACCUCAACUUGACAAAAUAACCCACCGACUGAAUGCAGAAUAUGAACAAAUGUACAAAGCAAGGACCAAAAAAAUCAGGGCAAAAAUCUCCCUAAAUCACUGUACAUAAAACUAUGAAUAAACUCAUCCACCACAGUUCGCUUCACCAACUACCUCUGUCUCUGCACAAGAGCAUGAAUGAUAUUGAUAACAAGCACCAGAGUCCCGACACUCGUGACUGUCAGAGCAAUGGCUUGCCUCAAGCUCUUGUGCCUUAUCCUGGGUCUCAGUAGGUUCUGAGCAAGUGUGGAGACAAUGUGUUGACCAUCGAAGAAGAAACAGGGGACGACAUUCAUCACAGCCAGACCCGCUGAGAUCACAGUUAUGUAUUUGCAGAGUAAUGUCAGAGACUCUGGUAAAUCAGAACUGAAAAUCUGAUAUUUUGGCACCCACUCUGAUAUUUCAAGUGUUCGAUAGAUCUCUGCUGGGUGACCGAAGAAUAGGACGUCCUUUCCAAUUUCUCGUUUGAUUUGAACUAUCUGAAAAUCAAAAUCGAUUAGUUUUUUAUUUUCUAACAAUUCUUCAUUUUACUUGUCAAUUAUUAUUAUAGUUCUUCCAAGGAUAUUCCCAUGAUAAUGUUUAUACCCAUCGUCACUCUCAUCAAAUAGGUACAAAAAAAUGAUAUGAUAUCUCUAAAAGCAUAGAUGAGAAUUUACUUGCACCUAGAUAUAAACCUUAAGAAAUUGAGCGUGAUGAGCGAGUUCAGAGUCAGCUCCACAUCAAAGGCGAUUUAUUGGAACGAUCAAUAUAUUUCUUUCGACAGAAAUUUUCAAGUUUGUCCAAUUUUUGACACAUUUAGAGAAAAUUUCAUUCCUUCAUCGGUAUUAUUUUUUAUUACGAGAACAAACAGUUCCGAAGAGGUAGAAAUCUUUUCCUUUUCCUGGUCAAAGCGAUAAAAAUAACAAAAUACAUUUCGAAGUUUCGGUUUUUCUUGCUAAUUUAUUAAU